GACACAGGCGUUACUGGUGAAUGGACAUGUCCAGUAGUAGCGUCACCUUCACGGGUUUGAGAAUAGGACGCCUCCAGAAUCACCUCCCUUUGCUUUCGGUGUCCCCUCCUACUCCUCAGUCUCCUCACCUGCUCCCGCGCCACUUUCUCCAACCCACUCUCCUUCUUCUCCGGCGACGGCGACGGCGACAGGAUCCGACCAACAACGCCGGUCAGAGCAGAGGCAUCCGCUUUCCGUCGCUCUCUACGCCUCCGUCGGCACGAAGCAGAUCAUUUGCGAGAGCGGUUGCCACGGCUUCAGCGUCCUCCGAAAUGGUGAAAGCUGUUAGGGUUCAUGAGUUCGGUGGACCUGAGGUCUUAAAGUGGGAGAAUGUGGAAAUAGGUGAACCCAAGGAGGGAGAGAUUCGCGUGAAGAACAAAGCCAUUGGGGUCAACUUCAUCGAUGUUUAUUUCCGUACAGGGGUAUACAAGGCACCCACCAUGCCCUUCACACCAGGCAUGGAGGCUGUUGGUGAGGUAGUAGCUGUGGGACCUGGACUAACUGGCAGGAAAGUUGGAGAUAUUGUAGCCUAUGCUGGCGGUCCAAUGGGCUCAUAUGCUGAAGAGCAAAUUCUCCCAGCAAGUAAAGUUGUGCCUGUUCCUCCUUCUAUUGGUCCAGUUACUGCAGCAUCAAUCAUGCUGAAGGGCAUGACAGCUCAGUUUCUCCUCCGCCGCUGUUUUAAGGUUGAGAAUGGACACACAGUCCUUGUCCAAGCUGCAGCUGGUGGAGUUGGAUCCCUAUUGUGCCAAUGGGCUAAUGCCCUUGGGGCAACUGUCAUUGGUACCGUCUCAACUAAAGAAAAGGCAGCUCAAGCUAAGGAUGAUGGUUGUCAUCAUGCUAUUAUCUACACGGAGGAGGAUUUUGUUUCUCGUGUUAAGGAGAUUACAUCUGGCAACGGGGUUGAUGUUGUGUAUGACUCGGUAGGAAAGGACACGUUUCAGGGAUCCUUGGAGUGCUUGAAGAUUAGGGGCUACAUGGUGAGCUUUGGGCAGUCCUCGGGAAUCCCAGAUCCAGUCCCAUUGUCAGCUCUUUCGCCAAAGUCGCUCUUUUUGACAAGGCCAAGCCUCAUGCAGUACACCAUCACUCGGGAUGAGUUGCUGGAAGCUGCUGGAGAGGUAUUUGCCAGCGUCGCCUCGGGCAUCCUUAAAGUUCGCGUGAAUCACACAUACCCACUGUCCGAAGCAGCAAAAGUACAUGCCGAUCUUGAAAGCCGGAAGACAUCCGGGUCGGUAGUGUUGAUUCCAUAGGGAAGGCAAAGCAGUUAGGUCCUCUGUCUUAAGGGUUAUCGAGGUUACUUGUUGUGCCGAAGCUCGAGCCCCUAAUAAAUAAGUUUUCUAUGCCUGGAUAUUUCUCUUUAGAUGAUUAGCAAGGGCUCCUUCCUUCCUUGGAACAAAUGUGAUUCGCGCAGACUUGUAAACAUUCUCAAAUAUUAGAAAAGAUGUGUGUUCUGCUUGCCAGCGAAGAACAUUGUGAUUGUUUCUGGA